CAGACCGGGCGAGCUGCCUAGCCUGCCUCUCUAGCGCUCUUGCCUCCCGUUGUUGUGCAUCGCUCCAGUCUAUUGCUUUGUAGUCUAACACCGCUUCGCCGCCUCCUCCUCUCCCCGCCUAUGCCUCUCCCUCUCCCGGCCAGCAUCCAGCGAAUGGUCAGUCCACCCCCUGACCACCUGCAGGGAACGGUGAGAGAGUAGCUCCGUUCUGAGCCCACUGCGGACUGCUGAAAGCUGCCAAAGGAAGACGUGGAUAUAAGUGUCGUUGUUGACGUUACCGGGAAUUGUAUUUUGGAGGUAUGCCGGUGCCUGACCAGCCAUCAGAGCAGGGAGCCAGUCUGCUGAGUCCAGGUCUACCGUCAUCUAAUGGAGACGGAUCAGACGGGACAGAGACCACCUCCGCUAUCCUGGCCUCUGUCAAAGAACAGGAGCUGCAGUUUGAGAGGCUGACCCGUGAGCUGGAGGCAGAGAGACAGAUUGUAGCCACCCAGCUGGAGAGAUGCAAGCUGGGCUCUGAGACCGGUGGAAGUAUGAGCAGCAUCAGUUCGGUAGAUGAGCAGUUUCGCUGGAACACUCAAGCUGAUGGCCAGAAGGACAUAGAGGAUGAGUUGACCACAGGACUGGAGCUGGUCGACUCCUGCAUCAGAUCCCUGCAGGUGUCUGGAAUACUGGACCCUCACCAAUACAACACAGGAGAACGUCCCUCUCUUCUUUCCCAGAGUUCUUUGCAGCUUAACUCCACCCCGGAGGCUUCACUCCAGUACUCCGCCAGCUACCAUAGCAACCAGACCCUCGCCCUUAGCGACAGCGCUGCCGCGGCAACGCCACAGCGCAGCGGACAAGUCGGUGGGGCCGUGCACAGCUACAACCAGGUGACGUCUAGUCGUGCCGCUCAGCAGAGGCAGCAGGCAGGGGGAGGUAGUGGAGGAGACUCCUUCUCUCAGAGCCAUGGCAGUGCCUUCCACCUACCAGAUGCACAGCAGACCACUACCGGUCACUACUACCCGAGUUCCACCCUGCCCACCCAGCGUGUGAGUUCCCCUCUAACCGGAGGAGGAGGUGGAGGGUCUGGUUCUCCCAGCAAGCUCCAGCGCCUGGGUCCAGCCUCAGACAAACCAGGCUACGCUACCACACAGCGCCUACCUUCUUCCUCCUCAUCAUCCUCACCCAACAAACAGUCCCCUGCCAACCGACUCGCCAAGUCUUACAGCACCUCUGUUUCCGUGACGACGACAGGAGGCACCGGGUCUCCUCCGAACGCCAUAGCAUCAGUUGCCGGAGGAGGGGCUAGCGCGUCAUCAUCCCCCCUGCACCAGAUGAGUUCGGGCAUAGGGAGCUACGCUACUCUGUCUCCUAAAAGACUGGCUGCUCACCACGCCUCCGACCAGUACAAGAUAUCACACGAGUUCUAUGCUACUGCUACGCUCCAGAGGCCCGGUAAGACUACGCUCAACACACACACACACACACACACACACACACACACUCACACUCACACUCACACUCACACUCACACUCACACUCACACUCACACUCACUCACUCACUCACUCACUCACUCACUCACUCACUCACACACACACACCUACACACACACACACACACACUUGCAAAUUAACUUGUUGGUUUUUUCUUCUUCUCGCUCAUGUCUUUGUUUCCUCUCCUCUCCUCUCCUCUCUUCUCCUCCCCCCCACCAUAAACCUGAUUCAACAGCUCAGUGACCAGGGGAUGAACUAUGUCUUGUAUCCCUAUUUCCCCGUUGCAGCCCCAUCGUCCCCUGGUGUCGACUCCGCCUCUUUGCAGCGAGCAGGCAGCCACAGCGCCGGAGGAAGCAGCCACAGCGCCGGAGCAGGCAGCCACAGUGCCGGAGGAAGCAGCCACAGCGCUGGGGGAAGCUACGGUCGCGGGGGUGCCAAUAACUAUGCUACAGUGGGCCCAGGAUAUACAGCAGAGGCCUAUGCUACAGACCCCUACACUGCAGACCCCUACCGUACACUGCAGUACUGCCCAUCUGUAGAGUCUCCAUACAGCAAGUCUGGACCAGCCCUGCCACCUGAGGGCACGCUUGCACGAUCACCAUCUAUAGACUCCAUACAGAAAGACCCAAGGGAGUUUGGAUGGAGGGAUCCAGAGUUACCUGAGGUGAUUCAAAUGCUACAGCACCAGUUCCCUUCAGUCCAGUCCAACGCUGCAGCCUACCUCCAACACCUCUGCUUCGGAGACAACAAGAUCAAAUCAGAGAUUCGUCGUCAAGGUGGGAUCCAGCUGCUGGUAGACUUGUUGGACCACCGUAUGAGUGAGGUCCACCGCAGUGCCUGUGGAGCCCUGAGGAACCUGGUCUACGGCAAGGCCAACGACGACAACAAGAUCACCCUGAAGAACUGUGGGGGCAUACCUGCCCUGGUCCGCCUGCUACGCAAGACUGGAGACGUGGAGAUAAGAGAACUGGUCACAGGUACGUUCUUUUAUUUAUUUUUUUCCUUACCCCCACAACCUCUCUCCCCUCUCCUCCAGUGGGACGGUGUAGGUCCUCUCCCAGACUCAGCUGACCCUCCUAAAGGAGUCCAGAUGUUAUGGCACCCGUCCAUAGUGAAGCCCUACCUCACCCUGCUGUCAGAGUGCUCCAACUCUGAUACACUGGAGGGGGCGGCUGGAGCGCUGCAGAACCUGGCUGCAGGCACCUGGAAGUGGUCAGUGUAUAUCCGGGCAGCAGUGCGUAAGGAGAAGGGUCUUCCUAUCCUGGUGGAGUUGUUGAGGAUAGACAAUGACCGUGUGGUGUGUGCCGUGGCCACCGCGCUCAGGAAUAUGGCCCUGGACGUCAGAAACAAAGAACUGAUAGGUAAAUACGCCAUGCGUGACCUUGUCCACCGGUUACCGGGAAGCAGCAAUAGCAGUACUGGGGGCAGCGGUGGGACUAGCUGCGGUUCCGGGGGUCCACUAGCGCCCAGUAAGACCAUGUCAGACGAUACGGUAACGGCUAUUUGCUGCGCUCUGCAUGAGGUCAUCACUAAGAACAUGGAGAAUGCCAAAGCACUGAGAGACGCCGGCGGGAUAGAGAAACUCAUCGGCAUCGCUCGCAGCAAAGGAGACAAACACUCAGCCAAGGUGGUGAAGGCAGCCUCUCAGGUGCUCAGCAGUAUGUGGCAGUACAGAGAUCUACGCAGCCUCUACAAGAAGGAUGGAUACUCUCAGUAUCACUUUGUUGGUUCUGCCUCUACCAUAGAGAGAGACAGACAGAGACCCUACUCCUCCUCUCGCACCCCUUCUGUGUCCCCCGUACGAACCUCACCCAACAACCGCUCAGUUAGCGCACCGGCCUCUCCCAGAGAGAUGAUGAGUAUGAAGGAACGCAAGACCGAAUACGACUCCACAGCAACCAACGCAGGUUUCCACGACAACAAAGGAGAACAUACCUCCCGAAAAGACACCAUGGCAGUCAGAAUCUCCUGUGGAACAUCCACGUUGUUCCGGAACUCUUAUGUUACUACUAAUGACGAGAUCGAACACAACCAGAUCCCUCCCCAGCCCAUGGCCCCUCAGGCAGACUGCUCCUCUACACCUCUAAAAGACUACGACACGUUCCCUCCAUCCCUCCCUCCCUCCUUCCCCCCUCCGCAGAACCCUGGCCGCAUGCUGGAUGACUCGUUCUUCGAGCCUCCAGAUCAGCCACUCCCCCAGCCCCCGUCUCAGGCCGCCACGGACCUCCGGAUGCACCUUGGCCUUAAGUCCACUGGCAACUAUGUGGACUUCUACUCUGCAUCCCGGCCCUACUCCGAACUCAACUACGAGACCAGCCACUACCCGGCUUCACCUGACUCCUGGGUCUAAAGACAGGAGUCACAAAUUAACAUAGGUCCUGGAGAGAUACAGGCUGGUGUAGGGUUUAGCUCCAGCCCAACACUAACAAACAGCACACCUGCAAGGUGUAAUUUGAGGAUAUUAGUUUUAUUAGUGCUGGGCUGGAACAAAAUCCUGCAUAUUCCCGUAGCUCUCCAGGAUUGAGAGUGAAGAACACUGGUGUAGAGUAAAUCGAGGGUGCGAGGUUAAUGUUAGUAACCAACAGCAAACAGGGAUUGAAGGGGCUUAAGGGGUUGUGAGGGGUGGAGGUGUGAAGAGAGACUGCGCAUGUGCAUGAAUACCACAAGACAUUUUGCUGCCAGUUCAGUUUGAUCAAAGCUUGUUCCACUGGGAAAGGGGGUGGAUGGAUGUGUCAGAGUGAGAGUGAGAGUGAGAGUGAGAGUGAGAGUGAGAGUGAGAGAGAGAGAGAGAGAGAGAGAGAGAGAGAGAGAGAGAGAGAGAGAGAGAGAGAGAGAGAGAGAGAGAGAGAGAGAGAGAGAGAGAGAGAGAGAGAGAGAGAGAGAGAGAGAGAGAGAAAAGUCCUUGACAGAAGAAAAGAAAGAGAACAACUGAAUGAUGACGGAAGGCUCUUACCUCUUUGGAGGUGCAUUGCUUGACUUUCAGAAAGGAGGAGGAGAGGAGGAGGAGUGGAGAAAUGGAAGAGAGGAAGAGUUGUGAGUUUUUUGGCAAGUCGGAUUAAAAGUAACAGAACAGAGAACGGAGAGAGAAGAUGAGAGGAAAACACCAAGCACAAGACAGGACAGGAUGUAUACAGGAAAAACAAAGGGGGCAGCUUUCCACCGUUCAUUACAUUGACUUCUGACUUUCAUUGUCAAUCAAAGGUUCUACCUUUCCAUGGAAUGUUGUCUGUUGAAGAAGAAUCUUCCAGCCUUUUAAGUUUUUAAUUUCACAUCUUUUUUAUUUGUUCUUUUUUGAAGUUGUGGAUGUACAGUAUUUUGGUGUACAGUACAGUUGACCUGGAUGGUAUUGUGUAUAUUACACAUCUUGUCACUACCGACCGACCGACCGACCGACCGACCGACCGACCGGCCAGCCACUGGAUAUUGUUUUCCAGUAACAGAAUAGAGACUGAGAAGAAAACUCUUCCCACUGGGCACACCACGUCAUUUCAAUGGGGAUAUUUGGUUAAUAUUUGGUUGAGACAUCAAUGAGAUUACAACCUAUAUUCACCCACUGAAAAAGACUGCCAAAAGUUAGUUGAAUGUCCAAUGUGUUAUCACUGUGCUUUCAACCGUCUAAAAGCACAACCAAAUUCCAAUGGAAAAACAAUGUCUAAGUUUUUGGUUUAGUUGUCACCCAAAUGUCUAUCACUGUGCUUUCAACCACUUAAAAGCACAGCAAAGUUCAAAUGGGAAAACAAUGUCAGAUAUUUAGUUUAUUUAUACAACCAAUUAAUGUGUUAUCCCUGUGCUUCAUCUAAUUACAUUACAAGUACAUGUGCAAGUGAUUAAUACCGAUUGAGAUUCUACCAGAUUAUUACAACAACUGUGAAGAUCUGCACAGACCUGCGACCACCUAUACAUGCUAUCUUGAUCACGCACGCUUUAUAUGAUCACAUAACAAGAAAUGUAUAGAUACAGUACAAUCUAAAUGUGGCCAUUGGAUGUGUUCCUAAUUUUAAGGUUAAAUGUUACAUUAGUUUGUCAAAUAGCCUUAUCUUAAGACUUUUUACUGUCUUACAAAAAUAAUAUUGAAUUGUGUUCUGUUGACCAAGCAAUCAAAUAUCAACAUUUAUAGGAGAUGUAUCUACUGUUUGGAUAGCUCCAUCUGACCCACUGGCGUCAUCAUUAACUGGUAUUUUUGGUUGAGUUGGUGACAUGAAUCCAACAUAUAAUUUGUAACUUGUCGACAAUUUAACAGGCUAUUUAUUGUAUUCAGGAAGUUAUAUUGAACUAUGUUUGGUUGUCAACACAACCACAUUUCAACAUUUGAAGAUGUAUCUUCUGCUUGAAUAGUUCCAUCUGUGCCACUGAGACUGUGUUUAAUCGGAUCAGCUGUGAAAAAAAUCUGAUGUGAAAAGUUCUGAUGUGAUUGGUCAAAAAAACAAUUAGUGAAAGACAGAUCAGAAUUGGUAUGCCUGUGUAAAUGCAGCGUGACUUAGUCCGUCUUUAGUUCCAGUUUGUAUACAAAUUAAUGACUGUUGGAUUCACGUCUCUACCUCAACCAUAAAUCAAAGUUUAAAGAAUAUUAGUAAAUCAAACUUGAAAUGCACUUUAAAUAACGUUUGAUUUGAUGUAGUCCUCGUCUUUAACUUAGAUUGUUGGUUGAGAUGGAGAUGUGAAUCCAACAUAUUAAUCACUAAUUUGUAGACAAACUGGAAUUAAAGUCAGACUAAGUCAGUGGCUCAGAAGGAACCAUCCAAGCAGAAGAUACAUUUCCUUCAAAUGUUCAUGGUUGCGUUGACAAUUCAAUAUCAUUACAUUUGAAAUCAACCAGAGCCUGAAACCGUGGGCCUUUAGUAUAUCCAUUUUUAGUUGAAUUAUGGGUUGAACUGAAACAAUAGUUGUUAAUGACUUUGUAAAUGCUAUAUUGGCCUUAGUAGUUUAAUUGAUGGUAUAUUCGUGAUAUAGUAUGGUCACAUUUCAACUUCUCUGUCAAACCUGGCCUUUGGAAUGACUUUGCCACCAACACUGAACCUAUUUAGUUUUUAAGUGGAGAUUUCUGAACAGUUAUUCUCACGAUAGCACAUUGGCAAUAGUCAGUCACAAAUAUUGUAGUUAAGCAGGACUGGGCUUGGUUAUAGCCCUGGAAGGGAGACCAAACAGUAGCUGUAGAUUGAUCAACUAUCCAGUAGGAGGUGCUGCCCAGCCUGUUACUUUAUACUGAUAGUGAAUAUAAUGUUGAAGAUCUGAUGUUGUUUUAAAGGUACAAAUUCAACAUGUUUUAUACAAGGUUUGUCUAUGUUGAAAUUUGGUUACCUGAUGAUAUAAUUAUGUGGUUGAAAUUUCAUCCUCAAAACAACAAUAAUAUUGAUACUGUAUUUUCCACAUAGAUUCCAAGUCACAAUAAGUUGACAAAUUACGUCGAAAAAACGGUGAUUCACCCAGUUUGUGUCCAGUGGGUUUGAAACAAUGUCAAUCAAUGAUCACUGUCCUAUCUCCCCUUUCCAACCCACGUCUGUUCUAACAGCCAGAGAGAUGUGAGUCUGUUCUAACAGCCAGAGGGAUGUGAGUCUGUUCUAACAGCCAGAGAGAUGUAGGUCUGUUCUAACAGCCAGAGGGAUGUGAGUCUGUUCUAACAGCCAGAGGGAUGUGAGUCUGUUCUAACAGCCAGUGAGAUGUGAGUCUGUUCUAACAGCCAGAGGGAUGUGGGUCUGUUCUAACAGCCAGAAGGAUGUGAGUCUGUUCUAACAGCCAGAGAGAUGUGAGUCUGUUCUAACAGCCAGAGAGAUGUGAGUCUGUUCUAACAGCCAGAAGGAUGUGAGUCUGUUCAAACAGCCAGAAGGAUGUGAGUCUGUUCUAACAGCCAGAGGGAUGUGGGUCUGUUCUAACAGCCAGAAGGAUGUGAGUCUGUUCUAACAGCCAGAAGGAUGUGAGUUUGUUCAAACAGCCAGAAGGAUGUGAGUCUGUUCAAACAGCCAGAAGGAUGUGAGUCUGUUCUAACAGCCAGAGGGAUGUGAGUCUGUUCUAACAGCCAGAGGGAUGUGAGUGACUAGCAAUACAGUCUGUUCUCUGAGGAUGUGAAGUUGUUUUGUGGAAACUAAAACAGAAGUGUAAAGCAGAAGCGGUUCAAGACCGAUUACAAGACCAAUGACAUCAUUCCACACUCCUUGUUGAAAAAGUGCUUUUUCACUGCCGAAGAAAUAAGAUGUAGAUAUUUCAAAUAGAUGUUUUUGAUUCUCCGUUUCCACACUCUGAUAUUUUAUUUUGAAGAUAUAGUGUUUAAAAGGAUCUGAAUUCAAAUGUUUUUUACACAUUUACAUGAUACAACCAGUCCAUUCUACAAGAAUCAACAUUCUGCAUUCUAAUAUGCGGCAGUUCGCGUGGCUGUUAAGAGUGUGGGGUCAGUAACUCAAAGGUUGCCGGUUUGAAUCCCCGAGCAGGUUAUGUGAAAAAUCUGCAGUUCUGCCCUUGAGCAAGGCACUUAACCCCCAACAACAACUGCUCCCUGCAUGCGGAUGAUGUUGAUUAAAGCAGCCCCUCUCUGAUUCAGAGGGGUUGGGUUAAAUGCAGAAGACACAUUUCAGUUAAAUGCAUUCAGUUGUACAACUGACUAGUUCUCCCUUUUCACUACUGUACAUUAGAGAGAGAAGUGACAUUAGGCUAGUCUUUGCCCUCUCUGGUUCCAGCCCUAGACUGGAGGAUGUAUGAGACACUCAGUUUACAGACAACCAUGACCCCUGACCCGUCAUUUCCUCACCUGUUUGUAACUGUGUUUUGAUGGGAGUAAGUUACAUAGUACAAAGAGGUAUCACUAUAGAAAUUGGGUACGUACGUCCCCUUCUCAAAUGUACAGAUCUGCCUAUGUUAGUUGAGCGUGUGUGUGUGUGUGUGUGUGUAUGUGUGCUUGUGUGCGUUCGUGUGCGUGUAUCUCGAUCAUUGUCUGAAAGCGGAGGUAUCCCUCCAGAUAAGUCAGAUUUCUCAAGGUAAAAAUCACUUGACUGACAUAUCCAUAGAGAAUGAAUGCCAAAUCUAUAUAUAGAUAUUACAGAAUUUUUAUGUGUAGGUGUCGGUAUCAUUAAAAGCAACAACAUUUUAAGGUGAAAAGACUUGUACGAUAUGCCUCUGUUCACUUGACUGUACUGACGAUGAUGAUGAUUAUAAUGAUGAAGAUCGAAACCCCUGUUUCUUGAGAAGACUGCUUUGCUCCAAUAUCCACACUAGCAUAUCAGUCAUUGGCAAUGUAUUGGCCAUGGAUUCUAAGUAGGUUGCUAGCUAGUGUGGAUAUUGGAAGGUUUCCUAACAGAACCCAGCUGAUGAUAAUGAGGAUGUUGACACUAUGGUGUGAGUUGUGUUGUCAUGUGUCCUGGCUUAUUAGAAGACUCUACUGCGUAUGGAUGAUACCUUUAACACCAGGUAAAUAAAAGACUCUUUGCAAUCUA